AUGCCUGAGCUUUUGGCUGAUUCAUCGCCGUUCGUGCCAAAAUUCGUCUUUCUGAAAAUAAGUACAAACAGGGCUUCUAGCACAAAGGGCAUUUAUAUGACAGCUAAAAACUGUGCUGAGCUGUACAAAUCCGGUCAAAGGAUCAGCGGUGUUUACACAAUCGACCCAGAUGGUUUAGGCGCCUUUAAUGUAUAUUGUGACCAUACAACAGCUGGUGGGGGAUGGACAGUGAUCCAGAAGAGAAUGGAUGGCUUUGUUGAUUUUAAUCGCACCUGGAAUUACUACAAACAUGGUUUCAGUAACUUAGUCGGUGAAUUUUGGCUCGGACUGGACAAGAUAAACCGUCUGACGCAAGACAACACAAAGAACAUGCUUCGAGUAGAUCUGGGAAUAAUCACUGGCAAAACUGUUAACGCCGAAUAUAGCUGGUUCGGGAUUGGGACCAAGUACCGGGACUAA